AUGGACGUUUUAGCUGGCGAACCUAUCCGAACCAAUGACAGUUCUUCGAUUCCUGUUGAAGAGAUCCCAAGGAAGAAGUUUAAACUAUCAUCGAGCUUCGAAACUGGAGCCACCAAUGUCACUUUCCAAGAACAUUCCACUGGAAGGAAGGAACGAUCAGCUAUCCUAGGAAAGUAUCCAGGGUUCCGAGGAUGCACUUUAUGGUUCACCGGGCUGUCUGGUGCUGGAAAAACCACUGUAGCUUUUGCUUUAGAAAAAGCUUUAACUCAAAUGGGAAUACCUUGUUAUGGUCUGGACGGCGAUAACAUCCGUCACGGACUUUGUAAAAACUUGGGAUUUUCCAAAGACGAGAGAAGCGAGAACAUCCGAAGAGUUGCGGAAGUUGCCAAACUUUUUGCUGAUAUGGGUAUUGUAUGUUUAGCAUCAUUCAUUUCUCCUUUCAAGUCUGACCGUGAUAUCGCAAGAGAGAUCCAUGCCUCGGAAAAUCUUCGUUUCUUCGAAGUCCAUAUGGCAACAAGUCUCGAAAUUUGUGAAUCGCGUGAUCCAAAAAAAUUAUACAAGAAGGCACGUGCAGGAGAAAUUAGAGGGUUUACUGGCAUCGAUAGUGCAUAUGAACCACCAGAGGGAGCUGAAUUGGUUCUCGAUGCUGGUAAGCAAACUGUCAACGACUGCCUCAAGCAAGCUCUGCAAUAUUUAACAGACGAAGGCAUCCUUCCACCAGAGGCAAUGAAAGAAUUCAACAAACCUGUUGUUCGAUCAUUGAUUGUCAACGAUACCGAGAAAGUUGUUCUAUCAGAAAAAGCGUCUACUUAUCCUCAAGUUUCUUUAACCAAAGUCGAUCAUCAAUGGCUUCAGGUUCUCUCAGAGGGAUGGGCCACACCUUUAUCCGGGUUCAUGCGAGAGCGUCAAUACUUACAAUCUCUUCAUUUUGGAGAACUCCUUGAUCUCAAGCAUAAAACUGUUUUCCCUGGAGAUGAAGAUCUUGGAGCAGUUGAUUCUUAUCCUUUAUCGGAGCCUGUGAACCAGAGCAUUCCAAUUGUUCUUCCAGUUAGUGAAGAAACCAAAAAUUCCUUAACCCUUGCUGAUGGCAGUGUUGCUCGUGGAAUUUCCUUAACAUAUGAAGGCAAAAUCGUUGCUGUCAUCGAAGACGGAGAAGUCUUUGAGCAUCGCAAAGAAGAGAGAGUUGCUCGUCAAUUCGGAACUGUUGAUCGUCGUCACCCAACGGUUGAUUUAAUCAUGUCUUCAGGAGAUUUCUGUCUCGGUGGAGAUUUGAAGGUUCUUGAGCGAGUCCAAUGGAAUGAUGGUUUAGACAAAUUCCGAAAAACGCCAGAAGAGAUCAGAGCGAUAUUCCAAGAGAAAGGAGCUGAUGCAGUUUUUGUUUUCCAGUUGAGAAAUCCAAUUCACAACGGACACGCUUUAUUGAUGAGGGAUACAAGAGAAAAAUUGCUGAAAAAGUACAAAAAUCCGAUGUUGCUUCUUCAUCCACUAGGAGGAUGGACGAAAGAUGAUGAUGUUCCUCUACCAGUUCGUAUCAAACAGCAUGAGGCUGUCAUAAAUGAAGGAGUACUAGACUCUUCGUGGACAGUUUUAUCCAUAUUCCCAUCGCCUAUGUUGUAUGCUGGACCAACUGAAGUACAAUGGCAUGCACGAGCUCGAAUCGCCGCUGGAGUCCAGACUUACAUCGUAGGUAGAGACCCUGCCGGUAUCCAACAUCCAGAGCAUGGAGGAUAUCUGUACGAACCCACACAUGGAGCUAAGGUUCUCUCAAUGGCUCCCGGGUUAUCGAAAUUAGACAUUAUUCCUUUCCGUGUUGCUGCUUAUGAUAAAACAGUUGGAACAAUGGCUUUUCUAGAUAAUAAAAGGUCACAGGAUUUCGAGUUUAUCUCAGGAACGAAAAUGCGAGGACUAGCCAGAUCGGGAGAAAAUCCACCAGAUGGUUUCAUGGCCCCAACAGCGUGGAAAGUUUUAGCAGACUAUUAUAAAUCUAUUAAUAAGAGUAAUUAA